AUGGCUGACAAGAGUGCUUAUGUUCCCCCAGAAGCUUUGUCUGGAAGUGGAGGUUUAAAAAAAGAUUCAAGUGAUGUUGAUUUGGAUGAUGUUGAUUUUUUUGCUAAACCAGCAACACAACCAGAUAAACCAAAAGCUCCACAACCUGUUAUUACUCCAUCAAUACCUCAACCAGUUAAAACACAACCAGAACCACCUAAGAAACCAACUAUUGUUUAUAAAAAAGCAUCAAAUUAUCAGAAAACAUUUGCUGGAACAAAAAAAUGA